GUCAUUACUAAUUGGUCAAUGCCCUGGCUUCUGAGAGAGGCAGAGCAGAAGCCCAACCCCGACGGUAGCAUUUCACUCCAUUAAUUCGUACCACCCAAAAUAACUACAACUACAAAGAGAAAUUUCGUCUCACAAAUUUCGAGCAGACCUGUAAGUCUCCCGUGAUCUCGACGCUCUCCCACAGCACCAUAAACAAAGACAACGGAAUCUCUUCGAUCCAAUCUCCACGGGGCCCAAAAAUCGAAGCAAAUUCUCGACGAUUCGCUAACAUGGUGUUUCCAUGCGCUGAUCUCGUAGUUCCAAGGUGAAAUGCAGGCUAAUCCGUUCCCGUUUGUGAGCUCCGUGUUCAAUCAAGUCCUGUUGAAUGGCGAUUUGAGCGAGGGGAUCGAGAGCCCCAGGGUUUUGUUCUUCCUUUCGUUUCUGUUCGCUCAGGGAGGCGGCAUGGAUUUGUCGAAGGUUGGGGAGAAGAUUUUGAGCUCGGUCCGGUCCGCCCGAUCGCUUGGCCUUCUUCCUUCUACUUCGGAUCGCCCCGAGGUUCCAGCUCGAGCUGCAGCAGCGGCAGCUAUUGCUCGUGCCCUUGCAGGGCUUCCUCCUCAUCAGAGGCAUAGUCUCCCCUCAAGUUCUGAAGAAUUGAGCUCGAUCUAUGGAAGCAGGCCUCAUGGCCAAGUAGUGGAGGAGCUAGAGGAAGACUUCUAUGAAGAGGAGUUUGAUCCAGUGAGGCAUGUUUUAGAGCAUAUUCCAUCUGAAGAAAAUGAACUGGCAUAUUUCGAGAGACAGGCCACUCUUAGAUUAGCACAAUUGGAUAGAAUAGCAGAACGUUUAUCACGCCACGUUAUGGAGCAUCAUGAAGAAAUGGUGAAGGGGAUGCAUUUGGUAAGGGAAUUGGAGAAGGACUUGAAGGUUGCAAAUGUCAUUUGCAUGAAUGGGAGAAGGUACCUAACCUCAUCAAUGCAUGAGGUUUCAAGGGAUCUCAUUGUCACUUCAAAUUCCAGAAAGAAAAAGGCUUUUCUGGAGAUGCUUCCAAUUUUAACUGAGCUUCGUCAUGCAUUAGACAUGCAAGUGGCACUUGAGAGCCAUGUUGAGGAAGGCAAUUACUUUAAGGCAUUUCAAGUCCUAUCAGAGUAUUUGCAGCUCUUAGAUAGUUUCUCUGAUCUUUCUGCAAUACAAGAGAUGAGCCGUGGUGUUGAGGUUUGGCUGGGGAAAACCCUUCAAAAGUUGGAUUCGCUUUUGUUAGGAGUGUGCCAAGAUUUUAAAGAGGAUAGCUAUAUAACUGUGGUGGAUGCGUAUGCUUUAAUAGGGGAUGUCUCUGGUCUUGGUGAAAAGAUACAAAGCUUUUUUAUGCAGGAAGUUCUUUCGGAAACCCAUUCUGUGCUGAAGAAUAUUGUGCUAGAGGAUCAUGAGGCAGGCAUGCAAAAUAACAGACUUACCUACAGUGAUCUAUGCCUUCGGAUACCUGAAUCAAAGUUUAGGCAGUGUUUAUUAAGGACACUAGGUGUCCUAUUUAGAUUGAUGUCGUCAUAUUGUGCAAUAAUGGUGUUUCAGCCAGAGAACAAGAUUUCAUUUUGCGAAGCGUCUAGCAUCAAAAAAGUGUCAAGCCACAUCUCUUCAUGCUCAGGAGAAGUUCAGCCAGUUAAUGCAGUAGAACGAAAUUCUGAUAAUUCACAAUUAGAUAAUAGCCUUCCCUCUGAAACAGUUGCAGAAAUGUCCAGUUCAUCUCAUACUGAGGAGUCUGCAUCAGCCAUAACUUCGGCUGAUGAUACUGGAAUUGUUGGCUCCACUUGUGCUGAUUCUCCUGAUCAACAAAAUGAAACAAGAAACAAUGGGACUGAAGCAUCUAGCAGCGGGUCCCCAUGGUAUCAGCUAAGGAAAGACGCUGCUGUGUUUGUUUCUCAAACUCUGCAGAGAGGGCGCAAAAAUCUUUGGCAACUUACAACUAGUCGCGUCUCAGUAUUGCUUUCUUCAGCUGCUGUGUGUUCAACAAGCAUUCAUCAAUUCUUGAGAAACUACGAAGAUCUAAAUAUCUUCAUCUUGGCUGGGGAAGCUUUCUGUGGAGUUGAAGCAUUUGAUUUCAGGCAGAAGUUGAAGGUUGUUUGUGAAAAUUAUUUUGUAGCUUUUCAUCGGCAAAAUAUAUGUGCACUAAAGAUGGUUCUUGAAAAGGAGAGUUGGCUGAAAAUGCCACCAGACACAAUACAAGUAAUCAGUUUUGCUGGCCUGGUUGGUGAUGGAGCACCUCUAAUUGUUUCUUCUAAUAGUAACUCUACGAAUGCCCGUCUGAUUCAUUCCAAUAGAUCAGCAGACGCUCUUGAAACUGUUGCCAAGAACAGUGGAUUUUCUUAUUGGAUUAAAAAUGGAAACCCAUUUUUUCUAAAAUUGACAUGUACUUCCAAAGAAUGUCAUACUACUUCCCUGCUUAAUGGGACAGGAAUCUCUGGAGAAACUGAUGGAAAUUGUAAUGAAAUGUUUCUUGGCGAUGCAUUCUCUCCAAGAAACAGUGAUGCAAAUAAGAUGAAUGGCAAUAGUUCUAUUUCAGAAGAUGAAAACGAAGAUCUUCUAGCAGAUUUUAUUGAUGAGGACAGUCAACUUCCUAGUCGGAUUUCUAAACAAAAUAUUCCAAGAAAUCACUCUUCUCAUUGUAAUGAUGAAGAGGUUACGGCUCAAACAGGAUCAUCUUUAUGCCUUUUAAGGUUGAUGGAUAAAUAUGCGAGGCUUAUGCAGAAAUUAGAAAUUAUAAAUGUUGAAUUCUUUAAGGGGAUAUGCCAGUUGUUCGAGGUCUUUUUUCAUUUUGUGUUUGAAACAUUUGGUCAUCACAACACCCAUCCUGCUGGAAAAGGCUUACCUUGCUCUCUUAAUUAUCGGUUGAAAACAGCCUUAUCAAGAAUUGCACAAGACUGUGAUCAGUGGAUAAAACCCCAGUUGGUCGUAUCAUCUUCUUCCUCUUCACCCACUGCAUUGAAUUCUUCCUUUGCACAUAUGGAUCUGAUGCCUACCAGUCCAUCCAGUACAGCUUACAGCCACUUGCCAGGCACAUCAUUCAGCCUCAAGGAAAGAUGUGCGGGAGCUGACACUAUAUUUCUUGUUGCUCGAAUAUUGCAUAGAUCCAAAGCUCAUCUACAAUCAAUGCUUCUGCAGAACAGUGUUGCUAUAGUUGAAGAUUUCUACAGGAACUUGGUGGAUGCUGUACCGGAUCUUAUCGAGCAAAUUCAUAAGACCACUGGGAGAUUACUUCUCCACAUUAAUGGGUAUGUUGAUAGGAUAGCUAAUGCUAAAUGGGAACUAAGAGAACUUGGACUAGAGCAUAAUGGGUAUGUUGAUUUGUUAUUGGGGGAGUUUAAGCAUUAUAAAACGAGACUGGUCCAUGGAGGAAUCCGCAAGGAGGUUCAGGACCUCCUCCUAGAACAUGGACUUGACAUUGUUGCAGAAACUCUCAUUGAAGGCUUGUCUCGAGUGAAGAAAUGUACUGAUGAGGGACGGGCUCUCAUGUCAUUAGAUCUUCAGGUUUUAAUUAAUGGCCUACAACAUUUCAUCUCUGUAAAUGUGAAGCCAAAGCUACAAGUUGUUGAAACUUUCAUCAAGGCUUAUUACCUUCCUGAAACUGAAUAUGUGCACUGGGCACGAGCUCAUCCGGAGUACAGUAAAAAUCAGAUUACAGGGCUGAUUAACCUGGUGGCGACCAUGAAAGGUUGGAAGCGAAAAACCAGGUUGGAAGUACUGGAGAAGAUCGAGUGAAGCAACCAGCACAGUAUGUUUGUGCUUCAGUUGAUGGCAUCUGUCUCGGUUAUAUAAAAUCCUGCAUUUUUUUCCUAAUAUUUUUGUUCUGUGCGAGUUAUGUAAAUCUAUUUGGCCCAAUUUGUGCAGAUUCAGCAUUUCAAGGUUGUAUGUAUAUAACUCCCCUUCAGAGGAAACAAUUAAUUUUUGGAUUUUGUCAUGCAAGAAAUGAAGUUUCAAUUA